AUGCGCGUCGGCUUCAUGGGGCUCGGGUUCAUGGGCACGCCCAUGGCCCUCAACCUCGCCCAAAAAUUCCCACUGACUGUGUGGAACCGCACCGCCGCCAAAUACGAGCCCUUUCGGCGGUCCACGAGCGCCGCCGCCGUUACCAUUGCCGACUCGCCCGCCGCCGUCCUGCGGCAGUCGGACGUCAUCUUUACCAUGCUCUUCAACGAGGCGGCGUACCGUUCCGUGCUCUUUGACCCAGACUUUAGCGCUGCGCUGCGCGGCAAGACGCUCAUCAACACGAGCUCCGUCUCCGUCGCCUUUAGCCGGUACCUGGACGAGCAGGUGCGGCGAGCGGGUGGGCGCUUCCUCGAGAUGCCCGUCAGCGGCAGCCGCGUGCCCGCCGAGCAGGGCCAGCUGGUGGGCAUGCUGGCCGGCGACGGCGACGAGGCGCGGCGGGUGGCGCCGCUGCUCACGACCAUGACCAAGCGGGCCGUGUACUGUGGCGCCGAGAUUGGCAUGGGCCUGCGGACAAAGUUUGCGACGAAUCUGUUCUUGAUUACCAUGACGGCGGGGCUGGCCGAGUCGAUGAACUUGGCGCGCGCGCAGGGGCUGGACGUCGAUGCGUUUGGUCAGGUGCUCGACGCGGGGCCCAUGGCGUCGGCGUACUCGAAGCUGAAAGUGGCCAAGAUGAUUGCAGAGGACUGGUCGCCGCAGGCGGCGAUGCGGGACUGCUACAACUUGACGGAGCUGGUGCAGGAGGCGGCGGAGGAGGUGGGCGCGCAGACGCCGCUGAUGACGGUGUGUAAUGCCUUGUACAGGGAUGCGGUGGAGAGGGGGUUUGGAGGGGAUGACAUGAUUGCGAUUCAUAAAGUCAUGACGCCUCGCACAAAGGCAGAGUAG